AAACCGGCCCAUCAAGCGUGCGAUUGAUCUCACUCGUUGGAGAAAAUGAUCAUAUCAGUGUAAAUCCCUUCUAUCUCGCUGUUGGGACCGCUGCUAAUGAUCCUGCACAUACUAUAACACUUGGUCUACCAGAUGCUGACCCAACAUCGCCUCAAAAUCUGAUGCUGCUUAAACACUGGCUGCGUUGUUGUGCAAGCCGUCAGCCUGGACACGAAGCAUGUCCAGAUGUGAUGCCAAUUAGAACGGAACUUCCUACACGCGUGGUUUAUGUUGGCACAGAUAAAGAGCAUGACCCUCCUGGGCUACAUCUAGGUAAUAGAGAAAAAGCUGCAUAUGUCGCUCUCAGCUACUGUUGGGGUGGCCCCCAGAGGCAUCAGACUGAAAGAAACAGGAUCGAACGAUACAUGCAUACCUUACCAGUGGAAGAACUGCCAAAAUCACUUCAAGAUGCCAUUCUCCUUACUCGUGCCCUUGGGUUCCAAUACAUCUGGAUCGACUCUCUUUGUAUCAUUCAGGACUGCGAUGAAGACAAGGAUCGCGAAAUCACCAAAAUGGCCAACAUAUACAAAAAUGCGGUCUUAACGAUUUCCGCUGCAACAGCUGAGUCUUGCGACGAUGGGUUUCUGGGCGUACAAGAAAAGAGGGUUCAGCUACUCCAACAGAAUGCCAUCAAACUCCCAAUAAACUGCCUCAAUGGAGCCAUUGGGUCUGUACUACUGUAUCCCUCCAGGUCACUAUUUCGAAAUACCGACGGGCUUGUAGCAAUAGAAAAAAGGGCAUGGACUUACCAAGAGCAAUUACUGUCUCGUCGCGUGGUUAGUUUCUUCGAAGAUGCCAUGGAGUGGAGCUGCUACUCUUGCCAUCUGUCCGAUGAUAGGCUGGGGAACGACGAAUUAGGUGCAACGGAUCCGGCAUAUCUAGAAUUAACAAAACCAUCAUAUGAAAGGUCAUAUGGUAUGGGCCAGCUUUUACGCGUCUUGCCAAGACAUGAACGUAAAUCUCCAAAAGAACUUGAGACUUUAUCCUUGUUUUGGCAGAGGGCAGUGUUCGAGUACACACUGGGUAGUCUGUCAAAUCUAGACGACAGACUUCCCGCAAUUGCUGGAAUUGCGUCUGAGUUCUACAAGAUGACCGGCGACGUUUAUAUCGCGGGGCUUUGGAAGUCGUGUUUGAUAAGAGACCUGCAGUGGCGAACCCGUCGCCAAUUGUACGAGUCAUCGAACAACACCGGUAGGAACGAUUUCAAGUAUGAUGCCCCUACUUGGACCUGGGCAUCUGUCCAUGACUGCGUAAUUAUAUUCUCCAGCGCGCAGCAUGAUAUCGAUUCAGGAAGAGUGGUAAUUAUCGACUGUAAGGUCAAUCGAGUAUCAGCCUCUGCACCGUUUGGAUCUGUCAAUGGUGGAGAACUUAAGAUUCGUGCACCAAUCAAAUUCCUCAGUGACAGAGAGGUCGAGGAGGUGCUGAACCCGACACAUCUUGACGACGAAAAGCUUGACGAGCUGCUGAGGCUGAAACUGAGCAGUGCGAUGUUCAUUGGAGGGAUCUUUUAUGACAUGAGAUCGCGGCGUCACGGCGACGAGCCUACUACACUACGUGGUGGAGCAGCUCUACCUAUCAAGUUAACAGGAAUCUGGUGCCUUGGAUUGUCAAGACACGCAGACCUCAACUACGAAUCGAGUGGUUUAGCCCUUGCAAAGCGGGCAGAUGAUCUUUUUGAACGGAUAGGGCUCUUCCAGAUCUACGUAGGCGACAAUUGGCACGAUUAUGGAGCGGUCGAACAGCAUGAGCUAAGGACAAGUUGGGGCGAUGACUAUGUAGUCACCACUGUUACUAUUGUCUAGGAGAUCUUAUCUAGACUAUCAUUGUUGCGGAAGCAAAAAGCAAGG